GCCGAAUCCUCGCUUCAGCAACAUCGGUAGCAUCUAGUUCGUCGCUUGUUUGUCCUUGGGCGGGCAGCCCCAGAGGUGUCAGACUAGCUCUUCAGCUGCUCACGGCACUCUGCAGCAAAAGAGCGAAGAUGGAUACCACUUGACUAGGUAUGCUGCCUUGCUACCUCCCCACCUGUGCAGAGGUGUAAGGGUGCCUCGUCGAGGCUAUGCACAUCGCUGCAGGGGGCCAUUCGACAGCUGCCACGACUUGAGCAAUGCUGGAAGGUCGACAGCGAGCAAUAGACAGUGAGUGGUAUGCGCGUCACGUGUACGUCAGGCAGUCCUUCCUGGGUCUAUAUGUCUGGCUGGGGCUGACCUGCAGGCCCCACAAGUGGUAGGUCUCAUGCAACACUACCUGGACACACACAGCUAAAGGCGAUAAGCAAUGGCCAGAUCAGUGCCUGCUCUUCUCUCCCCUUCCGUACCUUGAGCAGCCGUUCCCCGAGCCUCCUCGCCUGCUGACCUUCGCUGCCGCUCGGAGCCUCCGUGUUGUCUGCUUCGGCCACACUCUCAGGCCCUUCUUCCUUUAACAACCCCUUGUCGACACGGCGGCGCUGUGCAGGUGGCGCGUCACAGAUCCCAAGGGCCUCAUCUGCUUUGCGCUUCUUCACAUCUUGCAGGGCAACAGCAUCGCUCUUGCUGCCGGGUGGCGGACUGUCAGACAGACGCGCCAGCGACACAAUGGCCACACGCGCAGCAGGGUCGGCCUGCCUGACGACACAGACACAUAGACUGUAAACGUAUGUAUGCCGUCGCACCUUCUCGUCUGUCUGUCUGUGUGUACUGCACUCACUGCCCUCACCCGAAAGCAAAGGUCCACUCCUCGUGAGGCGACAAGUCUCUCGACGUGAUGCCAAUAACGGCCGCCACGCCUUUCUCCCCACUCAGCCCCUCUACACAUUGCACAAGAGGCUUCAGCUGCAUCAGUAGACAUUCGGUGGGCAGCGCACGAGGCUGACUCGUCGCCUUACAGUCCUCCUUGGUCGCCUCCUUGUGCCCGUCCUGCUCUGAUGGGUCUUGCUUGCCGUUUUGACCCAUCGACUGAGCAGGUUCCUCGGCACGCAGCAGUAGUCGGACUGGCGACAAUGUGUGACGCUCCAGCUCAUCUGCACACGGACAGACACAGCAGACGACAGACAAAUCCAUUGAUGAGUGCAAGAUCUCGUCACCUGCGAGGUUUGAGAGCACAUUGGGAUCAACAACAAUAUCCAUAGGAACGAGAUAAAGCACCCCACGCUCUACCGUCAUCCGGGGAACGUGAACGGUAACGAAUUUG